AUGUCAAUUUCUGCGCUAAUUGAUGAAUCGGCUCCAACAUCGAAUGAAUCGGAGAUUUCACCACCUCAUUCGCAACAACGUUACCAACAUGAUCAAUAUCAGCAUCCUCCUAUGCAGGAAGACAUAAGUCAUCAUGUUGGAAAUGCUAUUGACAUUAAUGUACAACAACAACAGCCACAAAUUCCUCCCGCUAAUAAUUAUUCUCAGAUGAAUCAUCAAGUAUAUCCGACUGGUCAAUUUUAUGAAAAUUACGUCCUAAAUAAUUUUUUUCUGCGUUAUCAGGGUACACAAAAUCUAUCGGUUAACACAACCGCACCAAAGAUACCGCAAAAAGAACCGAGAGGUGUAGGGAAGCGCAAUAGUCCGCAUAAAAGAAGACCUUCUGAUGCCAAUGAUUUUGGUGCACAAAAGACAAAAGUUCCGCGUACAACUCAUUCACUGAACCAUUACCAUUCAGGUGCUCCACCCUCAUCUGCUGUCGGUGGUCACAGAUUGAAUGAAUUAGUGGAACAUCUCGGUGAAGAUCGUAAAUAUCAUUACCUUGAGCCCUAUCAAUAUAACGGUGGACAAUCUCUUAAUGAGACGGUUCUUAAUAACAACAUUGGAAAUCGGUUUAUCACCAAAGAUUCAUCUUCAUAUCCUCUGACUAAACCGACAAUAUUCUCGCAAUGUGAUCCAAACAAUCACAGAGCAUUAAAGUCAUCGCCACCGAUGCCUUCUCAACCCACAGUUAAUGGAUUUUCCCACGUGUCACAAGUAGGAGGAGUUGGUUCAAUGGAAAUGACACCACCUCUCCCGUCACAGUCGAUGCAUCAUGCUCCAACACCUAAUGGACAGAUUCCAACCACGGCUGCUGUUUCAAGUCAAUUCACAGAUAAAUAUAAUUUAAUGAAGAAUGAUCCGAAAUUAAAGAGGAAUGCGGCGCACGCUUAUAUCACUUACUUGAUUUAUACGAACCAGAUGAUGGAAAGAGAAAGAGUAAAAGAUAAUAUCUCGCAACCACCUCCACAUCAUCCAUCUCGGCAUCAACAGACAAUGCUCAAUGGAUCCUCAUCCAUUAAUAAUGUAGAUCAUCACCAUACAAUCACAAAUUCCCCAACACAAAUGGUGACUCACCAUUCAGCACCACCGCCACCAAAUCAAGUAAAUGGUGGUGCUACCAUGUAUGGAGGCGGAUCACGUAUUGACCAUCAAGCAUAUCUUCCCCCUCCUUCCGCAGUGAAUCCAGCUGUAUAUCAUGACUCUGCAGUUCACCGUCGAGCUUCAGAGCCUGUACAGCAACCAAAUUCUAAUCCCGUUCCAGUUGCGGCACGUAAUCAUAACUAUUCUUCGCAUCAUCAAUUAAAUAACAACCCGCCAACACCAUCAUCUAAUGUUUUGCCGCAAGCACCGCCACCUCCACUUCCACCUUCAAAUUCACGUCAUUCGAAUAUUCCUUCCCAUAAUUCAUCUCCAAAUCUACAUCCAAUUCAUUCACCUUCAGUGAAUUCUCAUCAUCAAAAUAGAACUCACUCGAUGCCGGACAUUCGAGCUGCGAUGCCAGAAUCUCUUAACAAUAAUAGGCAAUCAACAGCCACGAUAGGAGCAGGUGGUGGUCAUAUAAAUCAACAACCACCAUCACACGGAGUACCAACGUUACCACCAAUUCAACCGGGAAUACCACCACAUCAUCAACCACAACAUCAUCAUCAUCCUCCUUCCACCCCUCAUCCGACACAUCAUCAUCACCAUCGUCAUUAUGUUCAUGAUGGACAUGCUAAUAAUCAACAACAUUCCGCACAUUCGCAUCAUUAUCAUCAAUCAAUGCCGCAGAAUAAUCCACCGCCAUCUCAGUCUUAUAUUUCACCACAAGGAGGAGCUCCAAUCUCAUCAUCUCAUUCUUCAUAUAAUAAAGCAGGUGGAUCAACAUCAAUACCUCACUCACCUUCUAUGGGACCAGUUAUAACAUCGAGGGUUCCACCGUCAGGUCCACCUCAAACGAAUCAUUAUCAACAAUCGCCGCCACAACAAUCUAGUAAUGGUAAUCCACGUCUGCCUUCUGUUGGAUUAACAUCACACCAUCACCCACAUCUUUCAGAGACCGGUGUAAAUGGAAAUCCGCCACAACCAUCGCCAAUUGGAAUACCAAGAGAACCUUAUCUUCGGGAUCAACCUGGAUAUGUGGGAAAUGGUCAUCAAUCACACCAUCUUCAUCAAUCUCCUCCUAAUAUUCCACAUCCAGGUCCUCCGGUGGGAGCUGGUGUAGGACCAGGAAAUGGUCCAAUUCAGAGAGGAGGCGGUGGUUCAACUUCAUAUUAUCACUAA